AUGGCUACACUGAACGAGCAACUUGCGACAUUAAUCGAGAACUUCUCGCCCUGCGAUGUAUCAGACGCCCUCAUCAAGCUACAAAAGACCCCCGAGGGCAGCACAGCAAGAGCAGGCUACCUCGCAGAUCUAGUGCCAUUCUCUCCCACAACAGGACGGAAUGAAACAAUGCCCAAGAUUGCCGCCCCGGCAACGACAUUCAAAUUUCUAGCCAAAGACACCAGCCCACCAUCAAUCGCGACAGAAAAUCCCCAGAAACACGGUUUCCCGCCGGGUAAGCACUGGGUAGAUUACGUCGGGGAAUUCCAAGCGUCGGAUCCUUCCGGCGCCGGAUCCAUCGUCGUCAUCGAGCAGCCGGAGAACCAGUACUGCGCUGUGACGGGCGGGAUCAUGGCGACCCGGAUGAAAGCCCUCGAGAUCAAAGCUACGGUUGUGGGUGGGCGUGUUAGGGACUUGAAGGAAUUAAAGGCUACUGGACUUCCGAUCUGGGCUCGUGCUACUUCUACUGUUGGCACCAAUGCCGAGGCCAAGGCUGGUGCUCGUGAUGUGCCAAUUUCUAUUGGGGGUGUUACUGUUUCACCUGGAGACAUCAUCUUCUGUGAUCCCUUGGAAGGAGUAGUGGCGAUUCCUCGCGAGCUGCUUGACCAGGUGCUUGAGCUCAUGCCUAAACUGACUGCAAUGGAUGAGCUGGCCAAGGAGGCUGUUGCGCAGGGAAUGAGUGCCACUGAUGCUUUUAAGAAAUUCCGCUGA